AAAUCGAAUACUGAAUCCUUCUAACAACAUUAGAAAAACCAUCAUAUUGAAUCCUUCUAACAACAUAACAAUCAUCUAGGAUACAGAUGCUUAUCCUCCAUUACAGCCUCCAUCACAGCCAACUAGCAACCAGCUGGUUUAGAAGACCAUCGUUUUAAACUUUAAACAUGUCUUAAUGGUUUUAAUAUUUUAACUUUUACAUAUUUCAAAAACAUGUAGCCUGUUUACAUUGACAUCUUUAAAUCUCGAAACAUUUUUAAAUCCUCUAUUUUAACAUUUUAAAACGAUUUUUGGUUCUUCAUCAUUUUUAAUGUGCCAUCACAGUUCACAUGUACUUUUGCUUUUUUGAGUUGAGAAAAACAGAAAAUUUCGGUAUCCUGUUAGAUUUGCUGAUUCAGUUUCUGUUUUGGACACACACACACGCACACGCACACACACACGCACACACACGCAGCCUGGUAGUAUAAAGGGGUGGUGCUCUUGUCGUCCCGUCGCUGCUGUUCCCCUGCUCUCUCCGAGCAGAGAGUGUGUGUGUGUUGUGGUGUGGGGUGUGUUGUGUUGUGGGGUGUGUGAGAGAGUGUGUGAGUGUGGAUAGAGAAUGGCGACGCUCGUGGAAGCGACAGAAAGCGCCGAAUCAUUCCUCAGCGCCAGCAGCCUCCGAGACGCAGGCGGCAUCAUGGCAUCGCCCACGGACUUCGCGCAUUACUUCGACGACGGCAGAUAUUAUCUUCUAGUGGUCCUCGGAGAACUGAUCACCACCGAGCAUCUGAAAUGUGCUGUUUCAGACAUUGAAAAAGGAAUUCGUUCAUGGGACACAAAUCUCAUCAACUGCAACUUGGACCAGGAGCUAAAGCUUUUUGUGUCACGACACUCAGCAAGGUUUUCUUCUGAUGUGCAAGGACAGAAAGUUUUGCAUCACAAAAGCAGCAUACUGGAGACAGUUGUUCUGAUCAACCCCUCAGAUGAAGCUCUUAGCACUGAGGUUCGUUUGAUGAUAUCAGAUGUAGCCCGGCACAAGCUACUUGUUCUGGCUGGACAAUCUUUGGAAAACACUGGCGAGCUAAUUCUUCAGUCGGGUUCCUUCUCUUUUUUCAACUUUAUUGACAUUUUCACAGACCAAGAGAUUGGCGAGCUUUUAAGCACCAUACAUCCAGCUAACAAAGCAAAACUAACGGUUUAUUGCCCUAAACAUGGGGACUGGAAAAAUUCCAACCUUGAUAAACACAGCCUACAGGACUUCAUUAAUAUUCAUCUAAACUCUGUGUUCAUACUUCCAGAAAUGGAGGGUCUCUCAGAGUUCACUGAAUACCUCUCAGAAUCAGUGGAAAUUCUAUCUCCUUUUGAUAUGCUUGAACCCCCCAGUUCUGGAGGGUUCCUAAAGUUAUCUAAGCCCUGUUGUUACAUUUUUCCUGGAGGCAAAGGUGAUUCAGCACUUUUUGCAGUUAACGGUUUCAACAUGCUUGUAAAUGGUGGAUCUGACAGGAAAUCAUGUUUUUGGAAGUUGGUCCGCCAUUUAGACAGAAUAGAUUCCAUCCUUUUGACACACAUUGGCGAUGAUAGUCUUCCAGGUAUCAAUAGCAUGCUGCAGCGAAAGACUGCUGAACUGGAGGAGGAACAGUCCAAGGAAUCGACAGCCAACAGUGAAUGGAUGAAGAACAUGAUCUCGCCUGACAUUGGUGUUGUGUUCUUAAACCUGCCUCCAACUCUUGAGAGUUUUGAACAAAAUCACAGGGUACGAAGAAAUAUUGAAGAAGCAACACUCACUCUGCAAUAUCUCAGUAAGCUCUCUUUGAAGCCAACACCCCUGCAAAGGAAUAUAGGAAAUACAAUUGAGCCUAUUAUUCUAUUCCAAAAAAUGGGUGUUGGAAAGUUGGAAAUGUAUGUUCUUAAUCCGGCAAAAAACAGCAAGGAGCUGCAGUAUUUUAUGAAGCAGUGGACCGGCACUGAGAAAGACAAGUCUUCAGUUCUAUUACAAAAUGGAAAUAAAUCAGAGCUUCCAAUCUCAUAUUUGUCCUCAAUCUCCUCACUGAUUGUGUGGCAUCCUUCAAACCAAUCAGAGAAAAUAGUGCGUGUUCUAUUUCCAGGUAAUGCCACACAAAAUAGCAUAUUUGAAGGGCUCGAGAAACUUAAACACUUGGAUUUUUUAAAGCAUCCUGUUGUCACUGAAAAGGAGCUGUCUUCAAACAUGGAGCCAACAAUCAAGCAAGCAAAGGUGAAGCAAGAGAGCAAGGACAGUCCAAAAUCACUGUCAAAAGCAUCACCAAUCAAAGGCAUCCAAAAAUUGUCCAAAGAAGAUGUUUCUGAAAAGGCAGAAAAUAAUUCAGGAACUCUGGAUUCAUCACUCAAGACAAAGAAGAAAGAAAAACCUCUUCCCAAACCUGCCAAAAUUAUGGGAAAAGAGGUAAAAAUGGAACAAAAAUCAUUAACUGACUCCCCAGAAAAACAAAAAGCCAAUAUAAAAACAACAAUUACCCCCAAAACAAGCAAGGAGACAAAGAAAGUAGUGAAAAAGACUGAGACUGUUAAAAAAGAAGAAAGCACUGAGAAAAGAAAAGGUCGGACUUUCACACCCCAAAAUGAUGAAAAGGCCACAAUUGAGAAAUUGAAGAAAGAGGAGAUUAGGAAACAAGGCAAAAAGAAGGAUAUUAGGAAAGGCUCUCCCAUGAAGGAGAGCAGAAAAGAAGAAAAGAAGGAAAUUAGAAAGGAUGAAAAAGAUGUCAAAGCAGACUCUAAGAAACCUGCAAACUUAAAGAAUAAUUCUCACAAAAGUGAUGUGAAAAAGCCUAUCCCAAAACUAAAGGCACCAAUACAAGCAAAAACACCAGGCAGCCCUGCAAAACCUAAAGAAAAAACCCUUAGCAAAUCUUCUAAAAAAGAUGCAGAAAAACCAAAGGCAGUUGCUGCAGCUGCUGUUUCAGAGAAGACUCUGUCUAUCGACACCACCAUAGAUAAACACGAUAUAGAGGAUGAAAUAUCCAUAAUGUCCUCUCCAGAAGACCUGACUAAAGAUUUUGAAGCUCUUAAAGCAGAAGACAUAUGUGAAUAUGAUGAAAGUCUUUCUCAGAACAAAAUACAGACUUCUGAACAAGGUGUAACAAUUCAGCAUGAAGAAGUCAAGGCCUUAGCAGAAUAUAUUGAAGAUAAUCUAACUAUAGAAACCAAUCUAACUGUAGAACCUGAUGUGGAAUGUGUGGAGAUGCAACCAAUGGAAAAAACAAAUGUUCAACAAAUCCAAAUUGAAAAGUUUGAAGAUGAUGACCCUGGUUUUAAAGAAUCAUCUGAUGUAGGACAUGAAGAAAAGGGACUUGCAGAAAAUGAAGAUGAUCAAGAACAGCAUAUGAAUACUCAGCUUGAAGAUGAUGAAAUACAGGUGAAGGAUUAUAAGAGGGAAAGUUGUGAAACAGAGUACAGAGUACCUGAAAAGCAGAAUAUAGAAGUGCAUAGUCCUAUACAACUUCCUGCUUCUGUUUCACCAGCAGUUUCUAUUCAUGAUGAAACUCUACCAGGAGGGUCAGAAUGUGAGAUUGUCUCAGAUGAUGAUAAUCAGGAUGAGCCACCAGAAGAAUACACUACAUCUGUCCAUACACAGUCUACAAUUGAGAUUUCUAGUAUACCAACUCCUAUAGAUGAAAUGUUAACACCGAGAGAUGUUAUGAGUGAUGAGACAGCAAAUGAUGAACCUGAGUAUCCUCCUGGUAUUUCAGGGGUCUGUGAUAGAAAUAUAUAUUUUAAAGACACUUCUGAGUUAAAUCAUUCAAAGAGUGAUGACACAGAGGGUUAUCAUUAUCAUGCAUCUGCCUCCACAAUUUCACCACCAUCUUCAUUGGAAGAAGAUAAAUCUUGUAAGGCAUUCUACGGUAAACAUAGUGAUGAAUUUUUCCUUGACACAGGGAGUCUGAAUUCUACAACGCACACUUUGCCACUUGUACAGUCACCUUCUGAAGUCGCUGAUGCCAGCAUUGAUCACAUUAAUAACGAUAUAUCACCACUAGUCAAGCCUGGCACUAUACUUACACUGUCAUCAGGACAUGUGGAUUCUACUCAUAGUCCAGAAGAUAAAACUCUAAAAGGAACUUCAUCUCCACAGUCCCCAGGGCAUACACCUUACUAUGAAUCUCCAGUUGAAGAGACAGCAGAAGCUGCAUCACAUGAAGUCAUUAACAAGCAUAGCCCUAUUAUUGUUGAAGUAACAAGUGACACAGAGAAUACUACCAGAGAGGCUAGUCCUAUAGAUCAAGCUAGAGAUUUCCCCAUAUCACUAACUGGAAUAGUUUUAACCUCAGAAUGUAGUGCAUCUGUUAGUGAAAGUACAUCAACGAACGUAGGAAAGUCACAGUUUGAUGAUCGGCUUAAUGAUCAGAUUAAAUUUUAUGACAAAAAUGCAUGUGUUGAUACAUGUGUUAGUUCAUCUUCAUUACCUCACACAAAAACAGAGUCUUUCUCGGAUUCAAUUCAUUUUUCUCCAUUCAAGGAGAGUAAAAUGUCCAUAUCCGAAGGAACCACAUCAGAGAAGUCAGAUACUCCUGAUGAUGAGGUUGUUCAUGAAGAUACUUUCUCUCAUAUUGCAUCGGCAUCAACGGCAUCACUCGCAACAAGCUCUUUACCAGAGCCCACAACAGAUGAUGUCUCCCCAUCAUUACAUGCUGAGGUGGGUUCCCCUCAUUCCACAGAAGUAGAUGACUCUCUGUCUGUUUCUGUUGUGCAGACUCCAACAACUAUGCAUGAAACUGAUGUUUCUCCAACUAAAGAAGAAAGCCCUCGACCAAUGUCCAUUUCUCCCGAUUUUUCACCCAAAAUGGCUACAGCUAAACCAAGGAUCCUUCAGCAGGACACAAGCUCUCCUGGACAUCCAGCAAAGUCAUUAGAGAUUAGCCAGGAAUAUCAUUCUUUUGCCCUCGAUUUCAGUAAGCAAUCCCCAGAGCAUUCAGUAGCAGGAGGAGCACAGCAUGCAGUCACUGAAAAUGGCCCAACAGAGGUUGACUACAGCCCGUCAGAGGGUUCUGAAUUCAGACCUGGAGGAGCAGGUAAUAAAGCAGCAUUGCUUUUUGAAGAGCUUGAAACCUCUCAAGCUGCCUCUGCUUCACCAUCUACACCAUCUGUUGCAACACCUUCUCACAUUGGUCCUAGGGAAAUUUCUCCUAAUGAAGAUAUUCAAUCAGAAGUAGUGACACCAAAAAUAUCUCCACAAAACCAAUCACCCGUGUCCUCUGACUCUUCUAUAGUUCUGGUUGGUACCAGCAACUCAUAUGGACUGGAUAAAUGUAAAAUAAGUCCCACCUUAUUUUGCAAUGAGGAUAGUUUUUUUAAGGCAGAGAAUACCAGCCAGAAUAAUACUGGUUUUCUACCAGAGACUGUUUCACCUUCACCCUCUACAGUAUUAUCUGACUAUUUUGAUCAAGAGAAGCCUGAUUUAAAUACAUUUAGAGAAGGAUGUAGUCCUGUUUCUGAGUCUAAUCCAUUCCAUUCUCCUGAGUCUGUUAAUCUAGUUGAGUCAAACUCCUCCUCACACAUUAAAGAAGCAGGACUGCAGUCUGCUGACUGUAGCACCAGCGGCUCUAAAGAUCAAGACAGUUUAAAAAAAAGUCUCUCUCCACAAUCAAGGUCAAACGUAGACUUAUGUUUGGUGGCCUCAUGUGAAUACAGACAUCCAAAGACAGAGCUUUCCCCAUCUUUUGUAAAUCCCAACCCUCUGGAGUACUUGAAUGAGGACAAUCCGUUGCAAGAGAAAAAGCCACUCCAAUAUAGUGGAGAACCACCACCAAGUGGAGGAAAGCAACAGAGCAAGCAGUGUGAAGAAACCCCUCCAACAUCUAUUAGUGAAUCUGUUCCCUCUCAAACAGAUUCUGAUGUUCCUCCUGGAACUGAAGAGUGUCCAUCUAUAACUGCAGAGGCAAAUAUUGAUUCAGAAGAUGACUCAGAAACUCUACCAACAGACAGGACACUAACUUCUCAUUAUCCAGAAAGUACUACUGUCUCAUCAAGAGACUUUGCUCCACCACCACCCUUUCCAGAUGUCUGCAUGGUGGAUCCAGAAGCUUCAAAAGACAAUCAACUCAGCGAGUCUGGAAAAGAUAAGGGAGAGAAGCAAAAAAAGAAAAAGUCUGUUAACAAAAUGAAGCCAUCUUCACCAGGUAAAAAACAUGAACUGUCAAAAACAAAUGUGGUCAAAGAGUCCAGAAAUGCUUCAAUAGAGGAAAAGGAUGCAAAAAAUGCAACUAAUACAUCUGCAUCAAGGGGUGUGAAAACAACAGGAAACAGUGGAUUGUCAAUGAAAUGUCCUCCAAUGUAUAUGGACCUAGUUUAUAUCCCUAAUCACUGCAGUGCCAAAAACGUUGAUUCAGAGUUCUUUAAGCGAGUCCGGUCCUCAUAUUAUGUGGUCAGUGGCAAUAAUCAGGCAGAGCAGGAGCCUAGCAGAGCAGUGUUAGAUGCUCUGUUAGAGGGAAAGGCUCAAUGGGAAAAUAACAUGCAGGCCACACUUAUUCCCACCCAUGACACUGAUGUUAUGAGGGAGUGGUAUCAGGAAACCCAUGAGAAGCAGCAAGACUUGAAUAUCAUGGUUCUGGCCAGCAGCAGCACUGUCGUUAUGCAAGACGAAUCCUUCUCUGCAUGCAAGAUAGAGCUGUGAUUAUGAAUAUUCUUUUCACCCCAUAUGGAACAGAAUGCCACAAAGAGCUGAACAACACAUCUAAACAGAUAAAUAAUUCGGUUUUCACUAAAAUUAUGUGCACUUAAUAAACUGAAUAGAAAGCUUAUUAAAGUGAAAUGUAUUCAAGUUUCUUUUGUGGGAAAUGCGUAGGUCUUAGAAGUCAUUAUCAAUAUCUAAAUGUCAAUAUCUAAUAGUGUAAUUUUAGUAUAUAUACACGCACAUGCAGAAUUUAUUUCAAUUGCCUUAAUAGCUGAAUGUACCACACAUGAUGCACUUGUUUGAGAUAGUUAGCAAUGUAAAAGUGAAUAUGUUGAAUUUAGCUGUGAAGUUGAGCCUUAAUUGACUGGAAAACCGACAGAGAAAAAACAGGUCACUGAAGAACUUAACAGUGCUUAAAUAUCGAGGGCAUACUGAAACAUGAGGCCUAUGACAUUUUAUUUUAAAUUGCUUUUUUGUUGUUGUUGUUGUUGUUGUUGUUGUUCAAAGGUACUUAAAAUGUUUAGAAAUCAUGAGUGAGUAUGAAUUAUUAUUUUACAUACCCUGUGUGCAAAGUAUGUAUUCAAAAUUUCUGUCUGCACUGAUAUCCACCAUAAAGAAAAAAAAUAACUAGAUACAGUAACUCAUGUAUAAUUGCUUAGCAACAGUUAACUGACAUCAACCUAGUGAUUGCACUGUUAGAGAGAGAGAGCGAGAGAGAAGCUUGAGAAUGGUGUGUUCUAGCCCCCAUUUAAAUGAGAUUACAGAAAUUACAGAUUUGCUUUUUUGUGACAAUUGUUCAAUAUUAACUCUGUGAAAUGCCUGAUAAAAUUAGCCGAUUCAUCAUCAAAAUUGAAUUCAGUUAGCACAGAGAAAUCUUACCCUGCUUAGACUUACAGUUUUGAAGCAACAGUUAUCUGAUCUUAUCUUCGCCCUCUAUACCUGAGCAAACUUUGAGAAAUUGUCUUAAUCUUCUUUUGUAUAUGCCUUUCAAGCUUUUUUUUGCAAAUCUGUACAAAAAAACCCCAUUGUUUGAUUAAAUUAUGCUCUGCUUCUC